GAUUCUUGGUAACAAAAGCCGCAUACACCCGCAGGAACUCGGAUUCUCCCCGUCUAUGGGGUGUGAGUCAUGGAGUUCAGAACCCUGUUCUUGAUGCUUUUGGGGCCUCUAACCCUGACCCAAACCUGGGCGAGGUCCCACUCCCUGCGUUAUUUCCACACCUCCGUGUUCCGAGCUGGCCACGAAGAGGCUUUUUACACCUCGGUGGGCUAUGUGGACGACACGCUGUUCCUGCGCUUCGACAGCGACGCCCUGAAUCCGAGGGUGGAGCCGCGCGCUCAGUGGAUGGAGUAUGAGACGCCAGCGUUUUGGGAAGCGCAAACCAAGAUCGCCGAGGCGCACGAGCAGAAGUUGCGCUGGAACCUGCGCUCCACCCUCCGCUACCUCAACAAGAGCGAGGAAGGCUCUCAUACCUUCCAGUGGAUUUCUGGCUGUGACCUUGGGCCAGAUGGAAGCCUCCUUCGUGGACAUGAGGAGUUUGCCUAUGAUGGUGCGGAUUACAUCUCCCUGAAUGAGGACCUGCGAUCUUGGACCGCCUGGGACAAGGCUGCUCAGAUCACCCAGCGCAAAUGGGAGGAUUCAGGAGAUGCAGAGCACUACAGGGCCUACCUGCAGGAGGAGUGCCUGGAGUGGCUCCGCAGAUUCCUGGAGAAAGGGAAGGACAAGUUGCUGCACACAGAGUCCCCAAAGACACAUGUGACCUAUCACUUCAGCCCUGAAGGAGAUGUCACCCUGAGGUGCUGGGCCUUGGGCUUCUACCCUAAGGAGAUCACCCUGACCUGGCAGAAGGAUGGGGAGGACCAGAUUCAGAACAUGGAGCUUGUGGAGACCAGGCCUGCAGGGGAUGGAACCUUCCAGAAGUGGGCAGCUGUGGUGGUGCCUGCUGAGGAGGAGCAGAGAUACACAUGUCAUGUGCAUCAUGAGGGGCUGCCUGAGCCCCGCACUGUGAGAUGGGAGUCACCUGCUCUGUCCAUCAUCCCUGUCAUGGGAAUUGUUGCUGGCCUGGUUCUCUUUGUAGUUGUGGUCACUGGAGCUGCGGUGGCUGUUAUGAAGUCAUGGCAGAAUGCAGGCAACGUCAGUGCCCGGCCCUCCAAUACUUCUCUAGCCCCAUAAAGCAGAGACAGCUGCCUUGUGUGGGACUGAGCAACACAAGAUUUGUUCAAGCCUUUGUGACUAGAAGAACCCUGGAGUCCCUUUCUGUCAUGGAUUCUUAAGCCAUCCACAUUCCUAUUGGCAUAAUGUGCAGAAGUGAGACCAGUGCACAGGACCCCUGUCCUGCACUGUCCCUUGCCCACUCACCUUUCCUGUUCUAGCAGAGGUGACGCUGGGAUGACUCCAUCCCUCUCUUAACGUCACUGUGCUCUGAGUCACAACUUCUUACUUCCAUCCUGAAUAUAAGAAUCAGAAUAUAAAUAUUUUUCAAAAUCUUGACCCAGUAGAUUGAUUGGUUAAUAAACAGAGAAAAUUCCAAAUUAGAGAGAGGAAAUAAAUGGAAACACUGAGAACCUUCUAGAAUGUGUUUUCAUUGUCCUGAGUCAGUGACAGCUAAAGACAGAAGAAGGCUGUGAGGAGCCCAAUGUGGACAGGGCUGUGUCCAGUUAGUGCUUAGGCCAUGCUGGCUUUCAUGUGGUCCCUCUUUAGCUUGGUCAUCUUCUGUAUUCCCUUGUCCUUGUCACUGGGGAGAACCUUGCCCACCAGGACUUGUGAUCACUGGGACACAGACAUCACCAGAGCCUUUUGCUGUCAGCCAGACCCUAGGCAUCAAUGGCUUCCUGUGGCCAGAUCAGGCUGUCCCCUUCAUCCUUUGUAUUUCCUGUCCCUUAGUUUCUAUGGAGGAUUAUGUAUAUGCUUGUUCUCCCUCCUCCUGAGGUAGCUGGCUUGAUGAGGGGUGCCAUAGCCUUUUGAAGACUCCAUGACAGUGGCAGCUACAUGGAGACACCUUGCAGCUGGGUCAAGGUUCCUCAGGAGGCUGCACGUGCUCUGAACUAGUGUCUGACAUGUGGCACUGUUUCCCCCACAGCCAGGAUUCAUGGGUCCAGGAAUCAAGAAAUGGGAAUGGGAGUGGCAACUCUCACUAUGGCCCCCAGUGACCCACUAGCAAUGUAUGUGCUUCCUGUCCCCAUGACCUUAUGCCCUGCUGGCCUGGAGAUCUUAGUUUCACAGAAGAAAUGCUUCCAUAAAGAGACAACAAUGAGUUCACUGAAUUGGAAAGGACAACUGUCACUGGCCAUGUUGGGCUCUUCUUGCUUUGAGUCAAGAACCCAAGGGUGGGUUAGCUGGUGGGCCUGAGUGAUGGAUCCUGGCAGCCAGGGGGACAUGGGACAGCUGCUCCCCAGGGAGGGAAGGCAGGGAAUGUCUGGAAUACAGGAGUUCCUUAGGGUGCCUCUUAGUGUUACAUCCCCUGUGCUUAAUGUCCAUGGGAAACUACAUCAGCCCAACCCAGGCAGAACUGAGUGGCCAGGACCCUUCAGGAAUGAAGGUUGGCAUCACCACAGCAGGAGAAAUGCCACAGGCAGCUGAACUACUUGCUGAAUUGAAGGGAAUAUGGAAUGGGAGGUGGAAGAAGAUAGUUGUGAGUACCAGCAGCAACACAUGACCAUUUUCAGAGGAGAGGACUGUAAUUUUCGUUUGCAUAUCUUCUUUAUUUUAUUAUGAAUAUGUUUGUGGUAUGUAUUUAUUGAUCAAAUAUACUUAUUUUCUUGAAUCUCACCCUUUUAUAUGUAACAAAUAAUUUUGACUGUUUAUCAUAGUAUUAAGCAUUGUUAAGUGUAUGUCUUAGUGUUUUGCAUUUUGGGAUGUCUAUCAAGGGGAGGAGGAGAGGACAUCAUGGGUGUAGUUCAGUUGUAUGCAGGCGAGUCUUAUGUUAGGUGGAAGUAUAACUUGUUAUUCUCUUUAUUUAGAUGUACAUUGUGAUUUAGGGAGAUGCUUCUGUGUGCCAAAUUGAUGAAGGGGGAACUGGUGAUAGUUAAUUUUAUUUGUCAAAUUGGUUAGGGCCACGAUACUCAGUUAUUUUUCAGACAUGUCUGGAUGUUGUAAAGGCAUUUUUGAGACGAAAACCACAUUUAAGUCAGUAGUCUUUGAGCAAAGCAGGACACCCUUCAAAAUGUGGUUGGGCUUCACUUAAUCAAUAGAAGACUUUAAGAAAAAGAUUGUCCUCCCCCAAAGAAGAAGUAUUUUCUCAUCAUUGUUUUUGGACUGAAGUGUAACAUCAGCUCUUCCUGAGCUUCCAUCCUGCUAGUCUACCUUGAAUAUUUUCAAGUCAUUGCCUCCAAAAUUGCAUAUGACAAUUUCUUAAAGGAUCUUCUUCAACAGAUAGACAGAAAUACAUGUAGACACACAACUUGUUAGUUGUGAUUCUCUGUAGAACCCUGACUAUUACAAGCACAGUUUUCUAUGUUCUAACUACUAGAAAUGAGUGAUAAAGAAAAGUAAAGGCAAUUUCACAGUUA